CCUGCUACAGUGCAUCGAAUUCCAAUCUCCCCGAUCGCAACGUCAUCCCUCCCCAGCCAUGGAUAUAGCAUACGAUCACAUCCAGGAGGAGAUCUUCACCUCCAACGACACCUCCAAGAAGGAUGAAUCCAAGGACGAGUCCGCCAAGACCGACCGGCCCAACGUCGACCUGAACACCGAGCUGCAGGAAACCUUCCGCGCAUUCUCCGCCAGCCCGUGGGGUGCCCGCAUCGGAGGUUUAUGGGACAACGUUCGCAAACAGGGCGAGAGCUACUACGAGGGCGCUAGACAGGAGUAUGCCGCCGCCAGCGAAGAGGCGGUCAAGGGCUUCUCGGACCUGAGAGAGACUAUCGUCGGACGCACGCGGGGCCUGUCCCUGAGCACGCCGUUCGCUGCCGGAAGCGCCGAGAAGACCACGGAUGAGGCAACCACGCCUACUGCCUCUCGCGCGGGCGAGGCCUCAGGCGCAGAAGGGGCAGAGAGCAGCGAAAAGGGCACGGGUGCUGGCACGGAUGCAGGCGAGGGGUUCUUAUCUCGCUUCAAGGCCGAGGCGGGUCGACGACUGAAGGAGCUUGAGAAGGCGGAGGAAGCGGCCGACGAGGCGAUCUUGCGGUUCGGUCAGAAUAUCGGGCAGAAGCUGCGCGACGCGGUCAGCAUCGUGCCGCCGGGUACGGACUCCAACAAGAUCCUCUUCGAGAGUAAAGACUCGGAGGGCAAGAGAGUCAUUCAUGCCACGCGAUUCGAGGCCCAACUGCACGUCAUCCACUCCAACUUGGACAGCUUCACCAAGGACCCGGUCAGUGAUGAGUGGGCUACUUUCCAGAAGGAGUUCAAUGUCGACAACAAGACUAGUGCCAUUGCGGCCGACUUGGAGAAGUAUCCUGAGCUGCGGGCUGCGAUGGAGAAGCUCGUCCCUGAGCAGGUGGAGUAUGCGACGUUCUGGUCCCGUUACUACUUCCUUCGUCUUGUUAUUGAGACCGAGGAGCAGAAGCGCAAGGAACUCCUCAAGGGUGCCAAUGUUGAUGAGGAGGAAGAAGUUGCUUGGGAUGACGACUCCGACGAUGAGACCGACUCACCCUCCACUCCCCAAGUGAAAUCCACCAAGACCGACGAGGCCCAAAGCUCCGCUCCUGCCACCGAGAAGAACAACCUCCUGAAGCCCAACGAGCCCCGCCGCUCGAAUGACCAGCAGUCCCAAGCAGACAGCGAAUCCAGCUAUGACGUCGUCAGCGGUGCCACCAGUCGAACCCCCGCCAGUCCCAAGGACAAGACCAAGGACGACGACAGCGACGAGGACUGGGAGUAAAAGGGACUUAAACUGAAUUUACAUACGACGUAUAGAGCACAUGAUCGAUCUACCCAGGACGUUUGUGAAUAGGUGCCAUGUGGACGAUUCCCUUUGACCGCUGGUUGGUCCGAGAGAAGAUCUAUCUGCACGGGACGACGGUAUAUGGUGUGGUGUUUUAAGGCGCUGAAAUGCUCUGAACUUCUUGUGGCGUUGUAGGGAUUUCUCUCUUCUUUUCGAUAUUCGUUUUCUAGCGGUUGAAUUAUUUUUCCCCUCUCGUUGAUAUCAAGUAAUUGCGUAUGUUUGGGUGUUUGUUUCUCUUUUUUGCCCCUCUUGCAGUGACAUCCAUCUGUUGAAAUUGAGUUUAGUCUAUAACAAUGAACAUAGGACUCUC